ACCUGGACUCCCGAAUUUAGCUGAAGCUGGGGGGCUCUUCACCGUUAGGAACCCAUACUUCGAGAUCCAUUCUAGCUGCAAACUCGAGAUUCGACGACCACGCAUCGCAUACGACACCGGCCGAUUACAUAUGCGCCAUCGAUAAAGACCUUGAAUAAGACGGGGCACGACCAAUUGAGCUUGCCGUCCUACAAUUCCCAAUCGCCGCCAUGCUCGCCUCGACGCGGCGGUGGUUCAAGCGCAAUCGCACACCUUUGGCCAUCGGUGCUGGUGUUGUCGGCGCCGGCUACGUCGCGACCCAAUAUGUCCUGAGGAAGCUCAAUAAUGCGCGCGAGCGCAUGAGCAGCGAUCGCAUAGCCAAGGAGAAUUUGCGACGCCGCUUCGAACAGAACCAGGAGGACUGCACCUUUACCGUCCUCGCCCUCCUACCUACCGCGACGACGAACAUCCUCGAGGCCCUCAAUACCGAAAGGAUCACAUACGAGAUCCAGCAGAUGAAGAGCCCAGCCAACAGGAAGAAGAGCAUCAGCUCUCUCACCCCAAGCAUAUCCGAGGUCGGCACCAUGGACGACGAUGGCCGUAGUAUGAUCAGCGGAUUCAGUGUGCAGAGCGAGGGUGGUGCAUAUCCCAGCUUCCUGGCCCCAGGGCCUCUACCAUCUGUCGCAGAGGGGGAAUCGGCCCCCCAACCAGAGGCGCCCAAGAAGCCGCGCAAGACUAAGAGACAGCUCUGGGAUGACCUCAAGAUCAGCUCAAUUACCCGUUCUUUCACCCUGAUUUAUACUCUCGGUCUACUUACCAUGCUCACACGGAUCCAGCUCAACCUCCUCGGCCGUCGCAGCUACCUCUCAUCUGUCGUCUCCCUCGCCACCGGCUCCGCGCGCGAGGGCGCCAUCGCGCUCGAGAACAACGACGACGACGGCGAUCUCGACGGGGAAGGCCAGGCCUACGGCUCCGAUUUCGAAGUCAACCGCAAGUACCUCACCUUCUCGUGGUGGCUUCUCAACCGGGGCUGGGUGGACGUCAUGCAGCGGGUUGAGUCCGCCGUCCGACAAGUCUUCGGCCCGCUCUCGCCUCGUGACACCAUCACCUUCGACGCCUUCUCCAAGCUCACCCGCGAGGUGCGCACCAUCAUCGAAGGCUCUUCGGCUGGUCAGGGAGGCGCAGCAAGCACGCAAUGGCUCCCCUUCCUCCUCCCGCCUCAAAACAUGGAGGACUUCGUCCUUCGCGAAUCCGGCAUCCUAGUAGACGACUCCCAGCUCUCCUCGCCGCCCAGCGCCACCCCCGAGGGCGAGUCCACCACCUCCCUCCGCCGCCUCCUCGACGAAACCGCCGACCUAAUCGAGUCCCCCGCCUUCUCCUCCGUGCUCACCCAGCUUCUCGACGAGGGUUUCACCGUCCUUCUCGACAACAAACUCACCGUCGGCGCCUUCGAAACACCCUCCCUGCCCGCCGCCGUCCCGCCCGCCGUGACACUCACUCCCGAAGCCGCCGCCGCCGGCGAAGACGUAGUCACGUCCACGACCCUCGUCGCCACUUCCUCCGACCUCAACAACGUCAACAACGCGGGGCGCCAAAGUAUCGACAUUGAACGCCCCGCCGUUACCCGCGCCGUCCUCCUCCCCAAGAUUCUUUCGAUUCUCACCCGCCAGGCCCACGCCAUCGGCAACGGAAUGCCGAAUGAGUACCUCCAAGCCAUGGAAGGCGUUCGCGACCUGGAAGGUUUCGCGGCCGUGGUGUAUAGCAGUAAUUGGCAGGCGGAGAUUGCGAGCGAGGAGUAUGCUGGUGUUCCGGCGGCUCCUGUGUCUGCGCCACCACCAUCAGCUCCCGCUCCCAGGGGAAGUAGUAGGAGAGAAAGGACAGCAACAGUGGAAGAAGAGUCGGCGGUGCUGGUCGAGUCUCAGUCAUUAGGUGUGUCUGGGACAACGGCGGCGGCUGUGGAAGAGAGUUUGGUGGUUGUGGAUCCUAAUCCGGAUCCGACGGCUGGGUUUGAUAGUGCGUGGGAGAGGGCGAUGAGCGCGUCGCAGGCGGGGUCGAGGGGGCCGUCUUUUGAGGAUAGGAGAUGAGGUUGUGUAAGUAAUAGUUUAUGUGUGGAGGGUUAUAUGCAUUGGACGGGGAGAAUUGAUUGGAUGGGUGGGUGGGUUUUUUGUAUAAUGAACUGAUGGACGGAUGGACGAGGGCGUGUAGUGCGAGAGAAACG